CCGCACGAGCUCUUAGCUGGUAGCGUGGAGCUGGACCGAGAGACGGAGAGGAGGUCGCUGUAGUAGUUGUGUUUUUAAAAAAAAAAAAGUUACAGAAACUCGCAGGCGAACCGAUUCAGCGUGUGUCGUUCACAUGGUGACCGACUACAGACUCAGAGGUAACUACUUGUUGAUAUGAAAAAGUCGAUCGGGGCGGAAAACAGCAACAUUUAGCUCGGCUUCGCUGGCUUUUGCAUGGUCGCUAGCUAGCUAACUGUUAGCUAGCAGGAGCUACUUUGGCUAGCUGGCUAGCGAGGUCCAGCCCAAAAGUUGUUUACCUCAAGUUGUGGAUGCGGUGUGUGUCCCCCCCCCCGACCCCUUCUCUGAGCUUUUCGCGACUUUUCUCUGGGAUAAGAGAGUAAGGACCAAAUAUUCACACUGGAUUUAACACUGUGCGCUGUUAGGAAACUAGCAGGAUGUCCACAGAGGUUGAGUGCAGUCAGGUCGAGUCAGGUUUGACAGCGGCCAAAGCGGAGGAGAAGUCCGGGGGGGCUCACCUGCAGAAAGAACACGAAGAACAGGGGCAGAAAGGCUCGGAAAAGCAACUAGCAGAUGGCCACAGCUCCGAGGCAACCAAGAGCCCGACGGAAAUGCACAAGAAAUGCAAAGAAAACGAUAAAGAAAAUGACCAAAACAGCAGCGCCGACUCGGCUGCGGAGACGGUGAAGAGGAAAGUUGUUGAAGCUCCUCCGCCGAAAGUCAACCCGUGGACUAAGAGGACCACGGGCAGGGUGCCGAUCAACAACAACAACAACAACAUCAGCAGCUCCAGCUCCCAAGAGAAAGGAGAUCAACAAAACACUCUGAAAGUCGUCCGUGCCAGCAAGCCCAGAACGAGAAAAUCCAGCAAGUCAAGUGACUUCAGUGAUAUCACAAACUGGCCCACACCUGGGGAACUGGCCAAAGAGCAACAACAAAAUGUCCUCAACAACAACGGAAAGAAGACUUCGCCUUCACGCAGAGAGAAGGAGAAGAGGAGGGAGCAAACGGAGAGAAAAUCGGAGAGCAGCCAUGACGGUGGUGAGAGCAAAGAGAACCAGGAGGCUCAGCUGGACCCGCUGGGAGAGCUGCCCAAAGAUGGAGAGUCCAAGGCGGGACAGGACGCCAAGAGCGCCGCCCUGAAGAAAAGAGGAGGUGGAGGUAACAAACGUAAGUGGGUUUCUCUGCCGCUGGAGGAAGCGUCCCAGGACGACGGCGACAAGAUGCUCGGCGGGGGUCCGGCACGCUUGGACACCGAGCCCACCGGCGACUCACCUGACCCCACGUCGCCCAAUCACACACUCCAUAAUAACAGGGCGCAUGAUAGCGGCAGGAGUUGGAGAAGAGAGCAGCGGGACUUUGGGGAUGACAGUGGGAGCAUUCGUGGAGGUGUACGAGGCCGAGGGAAAGGUCGUGGACGCGGGAGAGGUCGUGGACGAGGCCGUUAUGAAUACUCUCAGAGCUUCCGGGACUCUCAGUCGUCUGACGGCUCUGUUCAGGUCCCCUCAGAGUUUGGCACCAACAUGGUUUACUACUACGAUGACGGCAGCAAGGUCCAGAUGUACACAGUGGAUGAAAAGCUUCUUAAAGAAUACAUUAAACGCCAAAUUGAGUACUACUUCAGCCUCCACAACCUGGAGCGAGACUUCUUCCUGAGGAGAAAGAUGGAUGCGCAGGGCUUCCUCCCCAUCUCCCUCAUCGCCAGCUUCCACAGAGUGCAGGCUCUCACCAUGGAUAUCAGCCUCAUCAUGGAGGCUCUGAAGACCAGCAAAGAGGUGGAGCUGGUUGACGACAAGGUUCGCUGUAAAGCCGACCCUGAGCGCUGGCCCAUUCCCACCCCUACCAUCGUGGGUUCCCCUCGGACCGACUUCUCCCAGCUCAUCAAUUGUCCCGAGUUCGUUCCUCGACAGACCCUCAGCUCUACAAACUCCGCUUCAUCGCCUGUGAAGAAGACUCCUCCUGAGUCUGCUGAGCCUCAGGACUCAGCUGAACCCAGCUCCUCGAGCCAGGAGUCAUCCCCAGCGCCAGACGCCUCCAAAGAUGCCCCCCAACCCAACCCCGACGCCUGGAUUCAGGUGGAGAAACGCCACCGACAGCCCUCCGGAAAGGCAAAGCAUGUCAGUGAUGAUGUGUGUGUUGUCAGCUCUUCUCCUUCUUCAGCGCUCCAACCCGACCUCCUCCCCUCUGCAGAGCGCAGCAAGGCGCCUCCCCGCAGCCACCAGGCUCCUCCGCAGGCCGAGCUUGACCAGGAGGAGCUGGACUUCCUGUUCGAUGAAGAAAUGGAGCAGAUGGCUCCCAGGAAGAACAAGUUCACCAAUUGGUCAGAUGAGGACGACUCAGACUAUGAGCUGGACGACCACGACGUCAACAAGAUCCUUAUCGUCACCCAGACCCCUCCCUACAUCCGAAAGCACCCCGGUGGCGACCGCACAGGCAACCACGAGUCCCGAGCCAAGAUCACCACCGACCUGGCCAAAGCCAUCAACGACGAGCUGUUCUACUAUGAACAGGACCUGUGGAAGGAAGAGGACCAGAUCGAGUGCAGCAAGCAUGAAGUGGAGAACUUCAAGAAGCUGAACGUCAUCAGUAAAGAUGAGUUUGACACUCUCACCCCCAAAGUGCCCGUUGACCCAAACCAGGAAGUCCCACCUCCUCCGAUGCAAGUGGACAGCGGAGCAGAAUUGGCCCACUCUCUGCCUACAACGGUCCCAGAGUCAUCCAGCGCUCACCAACCCCGAACCCCCAGAACGCCUCGCACCCCUGGACGCCAGGACCCCAACAAGACGCCCCGCUUCUACCCCGUCAUGAAGGAGAGCGGCACCAUCGACGGGCAGACGCCGAGGAAGAAGAAAACCAGCCACAGUUCGAACCCUCCUCAGGAAGCCCACAUCGGCUGGGUGAUGGACUCCCGUGAACACCGGCCGCGCUCUGCAUCCAUCAGCAGCUCCAACGCCUCUCCGUCAGAAGGAGCUCCGCUGUCAGGAAGUUACGGCUGCACCCCCCAGUCUCUGCCCAAAUUCUGGCAUCCAUCCCACGAGCUGCUGAGGGACAACGGCUUCACUCAGCAGGGAUACCACAAGUACCGCCGACGGUGCCUGAACGAGAGGAAACGGUUGGGGAUCGGCCAGUCUCAGGAGAUGAACACUCUGUUCAGGUUCUGGUCCUUCUUCCUGAGGGACAACUUCAACAGGAAGAUGUACGAGGAGUUCAAACAGUGUGCGCUGGAAGACGCCAAAGAAAACAACAGGUACGGACUGGAGUGUCUCUUCAGAUACUACAGCUACGGUUUGGAGAAAAGAUUCAGGUUAGAUCUGUUCAAGGACUUUCAAGAAGAGACCCUCAGAGACUUUGAGAAAGGUCAGCUAUAUGGACUGGAGAAGUUCUGGGCCUUCUUGAAAUAUUCUAGGAUGAAGAAGCAGCCCAUUGACCCAAAGCUGCAGGAACACCUCUCCCAGUUCAAGAACCUGGAGGACUUCAGGGUGGUGCCCCCGAUGGGAGAGGAGGGAGGCAGGAGGAGACACCACUCAUCCUCGGCUGGGGAUGAAGGGAGGCGUCGGCGACCACCUUCCAACACUACCUCAAAGCCCAUGCAGGCCUCCAAAUCCUCCAACGCCGCCGCACAGAACACACCCAAAGACAACACCCAGAAAACAGCAGCAGCAGCCGCCGCCGCCGCCACCCAGGGGAAGAAGGCCGAGCCCGGAGCCGGGAAGAAGGAAAGUGUUGCACCAAGCAAAUGAAGCUCCGUCCUCUAGGCGUGGGCUUGGAUAGAAGAGAUGUAGAGCGAGGCAGCAGCAGCAGCUCUGAGCUCAGCGUUCGCUCUUUUCAGCGGCGAACUGUUUGGGUAUGAAGAGACACUGAGCGUGGUUCACUUAAUUCAAAUUUUUAUCUGUGCGUUUCAUUUUAAAGCAAGCAAGCAAAGCAUAGGCAGUGAGCUUGAAAUCUGUGCGCCUGACAGCUCAUAACGUUUACAAAACAAAAACAAAAAAAAUGCAUUCCCUGCAUUUUGCCUUUUAUUCUCUCAGAUGCCAAGCUCUUCAACAAGUUUGUUCAUCUCCACAAUCUGUAAAGAGCUCUCAGCCUGUUGAACUGUGAUGCUAGUUUGCCAAGAUAAGAGAUACUGCAGAUAGAUUGUGUGCCUUAAUCUGAUUCACCAGGAAGAUGGGAGUGACAAAAUAGUCCAGAUUUUGCUUCCAGAGUCUUUCCUAUUGGUUAUUUGGGGUUUGAAUGUGUUUAAAACUGACGCUACUUGCAGGUUUUCUUUUCUUGAGUCAUAAAUUUCUUCCGUUUUCAUCGUGACAAUCAUUGUUGACAGCUGCAGUCAUAAAUUUGUGAAGGACUUGACCCCAAGGCUGCUGCUCCAUUACAGAUGUGCCCUGAUGUUUUUAAGUCUGACAGACAGGCAUCACAGCUAAACUAUCACGUUGGUUUUUAAUUAAAACCUGCAGAAAUAAUGACAAAUUUAUCUGGGAAGCUUUAAGUCCCAUUUUACACCCAGAGGUAGUAUAAUUUAUUGUUUUAUUUUUAUUUUUUAUUUUUUUUCCAAGUACUUGAUUUGAAGAAAUAGUCUUAGUUAAUCAUUGCAGUUUUUAAUGGCUUUUGCUAUUGAGUAUGAUUUUAAAAAAAAAAAAAAAAUAAAUAAAAAAGGAAAUGUUUCUGCUGGAAUUAUGGGUGUGAGCUAGCAUCAUAAAACUACAGUAUAUUUUAGCUGCUUUUUGAAGUUUACUUCAUAUUAUGUUUGAGGCUUAGUGCUCUAGAGCACUUACAUCAUUAACUUUCCUUUACUUUAUCAGUGGACUUAAAAGAGGUUUUAGUGUUGAAUUUAAAGAAAAAAAUGUAAAUACUAUAAAAAAUCAUUCGCUAUUCAAUUAUUCUUUUGAUUUUAAGAAGUGAUUUGUUUUACUUGUAGUGUGGUUUUGAGCGUGUUUUAGGAUAAAGCAAUGCAUGUUAAUGCCAGAGUCUUGAAUUGUAAAAUGCAAAAAAAUAUAAAAUAACCGUUGAUUGUA